AUGUUCACCACUUUCCUAGGACCGACUCCACGAUCUAGUGAAUCCGGUCCGAACUCCGCUUCUCCGAAUGGGUCACAGCCUUCACGGCCCCGCCAGAAACGUAGCCAGGUAGCGCGUGCCUGUGAUUACUGUCGCGUACACAGAAUCAAGUGCGAUAAUAAUCACCCAUGCCUCAACUGUCAGACUAGAGGAGGCCAGUGCAGUAAUGACCGCACAAAUGGUGUUCGCACUCUCCCCCAUGCAUUCCGCGAGAUAGAGCGGCUUAAGCAGCGGAACCAAGAGCUUCAGAAGGAGCUCGAGGAGGAACGCAGCCGUAAUAGGGGUCAACCCGUUACUCCGGCCAGACCUUCGACCGCACAGCUUCCUACUCCCCCAAAUAUAUCAUCUUUAUCAAGCACAUCUAUCACAACCCCACCGACUUCUUCUACAGGUGACGCCAUAUCUUCAAGGAGAUACUGGGAAGGUAUUUAUACUAAUACGGCAAGAUCCGCGUCCAAAACUUGGUACGGACCUUCAUCCUUACUCUAUUUCAUUAGUCGCCUGAACGACUUCUUGGCUUCAACACUACAACAGCAUCUUCCUGAGAGCUCGCUGCAUCCAAACUCAGCCAGCAGGAUACUUGAUGGCCCUACGAGCCCCCCGGAUAAGCAGUCCAAUGGACCUGAUCAGGUACUAACUGAUGAUUCAAUCAAGGCUAGGGAGUACUUGACCGCUACACAGGAAGAAUAUUUCCUAGACUUAUAUUGGCAGUCACAUCACACCUCUCUGCUGGUUCUUGAUGAGGAUGAUUUUAGACGCCAUUAUAAAUCAUUAUGGGUUGGAUCCAGAAAGAAGCGCAAACCGUCGGCCCUCGUUGACAUCGUUAUAGCCUUAUGCAUGCAGUACGGCAUGGCACGAGGCCGGGGUAAUAAUAACUCGGCACCAGGAAAUGCCAACGUUGAUACUGAUGACGCAACCCUCGCCGGCCGCUGGCAUUAUUGUCGUUGCCAGAACCUCCUGGCUUGCGAGUUGGAAAGCCCCACUAUAUCGACUUUACAAUGCAACAUAUUAUCCGUCGUCUGGUUGUGUUGCGCUUCGUUCCAAAAUAUGGCGGAUAGCACCUUGGCCAUCACAGCUAGGACAGCUCAAAUGCUUGGCCUCCACCUACCACCGCCACAAGGCAUGCCCCAACGCGAGAAGGAGAUGCGGAAGCGCCUUUGGUGGUCUAUCUAUGUUGCGGAGACCAAGACUAGCAUGAAAUUGGGACGACCAUUCAUGCUUCAUUUGUCACAUGCGACUUGUGGUCUACCAGCCGACGACCACGAGGCCGCAGCACAGUCGGGGUCAGGUUUCGCGCCUUUAGACGACAAUGUCACUUGGCUCAGCUGGAAUUUACACAAUACUAAGCUUGUCCUUGCUGCCCGCGACGUAUACACCGCUUUUUACGAUAAGUAUCCGGAUUUCGUCGAGAACGAUGGUAACCAAGCUUUUUACGACGCACCGGAGGCUAUGGAGACGUACGCUGAUUUCCUUAUCACGCGUAUGAGGGCCUUGGACCAGUGGGUUAAGGAUGUGCCUAACGCGUUGAAGACUCAGCGUAAGAACCACGGCAUUCCCUUUUCAACGGACCUGUCGCCGGUAGAGAUGGAACAGUUUGCCCCUCUUUGGGUCCAACGCCAGCGUCUCCUACUGGAAUUGUUAUACCACAAUCUCUGCACGAAUUUAUAUCGUCCAUUCAUAUCCUUCAAGCGGUCCCCAUACUCGUUGGCAUUAUCUCAUUCUUCAUCGCUUGCAGAAUCUUGUGCUCGCAGAUGCGCCAGCCAUGCGAUGGCGCUUACGCACAUAAUGCGGCAGAUCCUAUCGACAACAGAUAUACUCACCGGCUGGCAAGAGGCUUUCCAAUGGGAAUGGAACGUUUCCAUGACUCUGAUCGGUUUCGUCCUUUCUCAUCCUUACGAUGAGCUGACGCAGGCGGCACGAGAAGCCAUAAACGUAUCAGCCGAUGCCUUGGGGAUUUUUGCAAAUAGCUUUUCCGUAGCCGCGAGUGCAGCGGGACUAGUACGUGAUCUCAGUCAGAAGGCGGAUCGUAUUAUUAUGCCGCAGCCUAUCUACGAAGGAGAUAGGCUCAUAAAUCAAGGGGGGCAACCUAUUACCAUGAUGUCCCAGAACGAGCAGGCUGGUACAGUCAUGGAUCAAACAAACGUUGGAUCCUUUAUAUUUGACGAGGACACUAUUGCUGUAAUGCAAGGCAUUCUGGAAGAUUCAAUGGAUCUAGCCUUUGCUGUUGACGGUUACAGCAGUACGAACGUUUUGUGGCCGAACAUAGACCCUACAGAAUAA